AUGGCUUCCCAGAAUCAUAAACUCCAGGUCUACCUUGCUUGCCAAGGCAUAUUCCAUGGCGAUUCUGCGAAUGUGCGGAAACUAGCCAAGAUCAAGCAGCGUGUCUCCACUCACCAGCGCUCCCUCCAACCGUUGAUAAACAAGCUGGGUGGUGAUGAAAAGUUCUUCGAGAUCCUGCGGGAUCUGCUGGAGGGCGGCGUAUUCGCCUCGGAAUCACGUCGCAAGCUCGAGUUUCCCGAGUCACAUCCCUCGUCUCCAAUCAGCCACAGCGCCUUCAAGGGUGUCCCCGAGGCGUCAGAAAAGACUACACUGACAGGCGCAGGAGAUGAUAGUCUGGAGCUUCCUGCAGAGCCAGGGACUACACUCGGCGCUACCCAGCGGGCACAGAAGCCGGGUUUUCCCUCGCUGUUCCCAUGGCACGUGCCAUUUAAGGCACAGCACCUCAUCUUGACAACGGCCCAGCAAGUUCUGGAGGAAUGCUGCUUCGACUUUGCCAAGGAUUGUCUGCCGGCCAUGGUCAAGGAGAAUGGCUGGGACUGCGCGGCAGCCGUGGAACUGAACCAAUGGACGAAGAUCCUCGAUGCACACCACGACAAGCUCGCACUUUACGCCUUGGACCCGGGAAGCUCGUCAAUACAAGGAGUCUUCGCCUCAAUAGCACGGCUCAGACACACCGCCGUGCACAGGGCACCGAUAUUCGCCGAGGAAUUGAGGCAGCUGGUCGAGUCCGCAGUCAAAUUUGCACAGCUCCUCCAGGACCGUCGGCGCGCACUCCAGCUUCAAAAGCUCACGUCCGAGGUCAAUGCCAAGAUCAAUGCCAUGGAGCUUUCCAAAAAGUUCCUCGAGGACAAGACGACCCGCCUGCUCCAGGAGAUCCAGCGGCAGCGCGAGGAGCUGGACAGGAUGGAGAAAGCCGCGAUCGAGGACAUGCUGAAGGUCGAUAGCGGCAACAAGACAAUCAUCGGGAACGUCCUGGAGCAGGCGGUUCGGAACAUCUUCACGGACAAGAGGGACCAGGAGUCGGCGGUGGUGCGAAACACGAACUCGGAAGAGGUUGGAGGACGGCCGGAUGGCGAAAGGGCCUUGAUAAAGUGGGAUGUGGGCACGGUCGGUGGCUAG